AUGACUGCUCGGUUGUCGCCCUUGCUUCGUGAUUCUGUUGUAAAGCACCCCGAAAGCGUGGGGUUGGCGAUCGAUAUAGUUUGGCCAGAGGCAGGCACUAUCCAGAGAUACUAUACUAAGUGGAGGCUUUUGCAGUUCCCUUAUGAAAACUGGAUCACUUCAACAACCCCUGCUACUGAGUACUCGUUACCACAAGGUCACCUUAUUAUAGACGGACGAAUAAUCGGAAAACUCCCUGCAGAUGUCAGGGACUCGGAAAUCUUGAAGGAAAUUUUCGGUAGUCAGCGACUGUUUGCUUUCCCUUCAAACCUCCCUGGGAUGGACUACACGCUUGCAAAUCAUGGAGAGGGCCAUCAAGCCCGAACAUCCAACAGUAUAUUGGAAUUAAUUCCCCGACAUGUCUUUGGCAAUGGCCCUGAGUUUGACCUCCCUUUUAGUUUGAUAUCCGAUUGCAUCCACUGGAUUUAUAUAAGGACUGGGAUCCUCGAAGCCAGAAGAAAGCCACAUAUUUGGAAGACACGGGGAGGUAACUGGAUUGUCGAUAUUCAUUCCAGAAGGGCCCAGAGACGGCAAAGCAUUCUAGUCGAUCCAUUCUCUAGAUUGGCCAGAUCAAUAUCACAGAUAUUCCUCCACUUCGAGUAUUCAUGCAGACUCACCAUUUUCCAGCCACCAAGAGGGAAGCUCUCCGUCGAAUUAAAGCAAUUAGAUCUUGAUUUCUUUGUUAACGAUAAGGGACUUCUUCAAUGUCGGCAACUCGGUUCAGUCGUAGAUCCGAACCAAGACCCGGGAACACUGUACGGACUUCAAAGUAUGAUGGUUCUUCGCGAUGUGUGGGAUCGAUCCCAGCGUAGCAUCAUCAUUCCUCUGGGGCAAGUUUUCGCUAAGCGUCAUCAUAACCAUGUCCUUGUUUCCCAACUACACGCAUUCACAUCCUAUUUUUUGCCAGACCCCCUUACAAAUCGAACAGGAAUAGAGGAAGCGCUGGCCUGUUUACAAUCUGGAUACUGCCAACCAUGGACGCCUCUCGCCACAGAUCUGGUCACCAUUCUGACUUCAAUUUUAAACCUCACGCCGCGGCGAGAAUAUUAUCCAAAGGACAAACAAUGCCAACAAAUUAUUUCCUGGGAUCCACAAUUGACAACCUGUAUUCAACACGAUGCAUUUCAGCUCAUAGUUACUAAUAUUAUAAACAAAUCUCAACGGCUUUCAUAG